GGGUGCAGGGUGAUUGGACACGCUAGGUGCCUCUCUGUACAAUGCUGCAGAGCGCCGGAGUUGUCCAUGAAUAUGGAUGAGAGAGAGCGGAGAGGGUGAUGCAGUAGGAAGAUUCCCCCUUAGUCCUCCGCCGCUUGAACAAUACACAGCCUCUCUGCCUCCAACACACACACACACACACACACACUCACGUAGAUACACACACGUACGGCAGCUGCAUAAAGAUCCCACACAAUCAGAGAGAGAACGAGCAAGAGACGGGGCGCUCUGUGGGGAUGGAGAGAAGGACUCUCUGACGUUGUCCCCCUGUAUCUUGGAGACUAACCCGGAGAAAGAGGGGAGAAAAGAGGUUCGACCGGCCGAAUUCUUCGACGCUGAACGCUCUUCUCCAUGCCCAUACAGCCGCCGGCUCUUUUGCGCCCCGCGUUCAUGGCCGUCUGAGCUGAUCUGGACCACAAGCUCGCCACAAUGGAAGAGGGUGAGUACUUCCUGAAGGUGCUGAUCCCCAGCUAUGCGGCCGGUUCAAUUAUCGGUAAAGGAGGACAGACCAUCGUCCAGCUACAGAAAGAGACCGGCGCCACCAUUAAACUGUCCAAAUCUAAAGACUUCUACCCAGGUACGACGGAGCGAGUGUGUUUGAUCCAGGGUACAGUGGAGGCCCUCAAUGGAGUUCAUAACUUCAUCGCGGAGAAAGUGCGCGAGAUGCCGCAGAGCAGCCAGAAGAGCGAACCGGUCAGCAUCCUGCAGCCCCAGACUACAGUUAACCCAGACCGCGUCAAACAGGCCAAGCUAAUCGUACCCAACAGUACAGCAGGGCUGAUUAUUGGUAAAGGUGGAGCCACGGUGAAGUCCGUGAUGGAGCAGUCGGGUGCAUGGGUACAGCUCUCCCAGAAGCCUGAGGGCAUCAACCUGCAGGAGCGCGUGGUCACUGUCAGCGGUGAGCCUGAGCAGAACCGCAAAGCUGUGGAGAUUAUUGUACAAAAGAUCCAGGAGGACCCGCAGAGCAGCAGUUGCCUGAACAUCAGCUACUCCAACGUCACAGGCCCCGUGGCCAACUCUAACCCCACCGGCUCCCCAUACGCCAACAGCACCGAGGUCUUACCCAAUGCUGCCGCCGCUGCCACAGCCUCCACCCUGUUGGGCCAAGCAGGUCUGGCCGGCAUGGGUGGCUUCCCUGCGGCCAUGUCCAGCUUAUCCGGGAAUGAUCUGCUGGCCAUCACAUCAGCUCUAAACACACUGGCCAGCUAUGGCUACAACACCAACACACUGGGACUCGGCCUUAACCCAGCUGCUGCGUCCGGAGUUCUUGCCGCAGUCGCCGCCAGUGCUAACCCUGCAGCCGCUGCCGCAGCUAACCUUCUGGCCUCCUAUGCCAGCGAGGCUUCGGGAGGGGCAGGUCACCCUGCUGCACCAAGUCUUGGGGGCUUCUCAUUGGGCUCACUGGCAGCUGCAACAGGGGCCUCCAAUGGUUACCUAAACCCUUCGUCCCCACUCGUGGCAUCCUCACUGCUGGGGACAGAGAAGCUCGGUGAGGGCGGGAAGGAGGUGGUGGAGAUUGCUGUGCCUGAGAACCUGGUGGGUGCCAUCUUGGGGAAAGGCGGGAAGACUCUGGUGGAGUACCAGGAGCUGACAGGUGCUCGCAUUCAAAUCUCCAAAAAGGGCGAGUUCAUCCCUGGCACACGCAACCGUAAAGUAACCAUCACAGGGUCUCCUGCAGCAACGCAGGCCGCCCAGUAUCUCAUCAGCCAGCGGAUCACUUAUGAGCAAGGCGUCCGCGCCACAAAUCCACAGAAAGUGGGCUAGAGACAGAACCCGAGCAGGGGGGAGGGGAACAGCGAGGAAGGGACACGAAAGAGGAAAGAACGAACGAACGAACAGAUGAACGAUUGGAAGAAAAAUGGGGAGGGAAGCGGGUGGUAAUCCAAAGGGCAUCCAAGUUCAAAUUUCAAAGGAGAGAAAAUAAAAAAAAAAAAAGAAAUUUGAAUGGUGUGAGGAACGAAAGAUGCUCAGCUGUGGGCC